AUGGAACUCUGCACAUACUCACUUGGAUACAAGCCCCCUACUUUCAGCGCUGUAUAUGCUGAUUAUGUCGUGUAUGAGCAGUAUCGUCACGAGUUUAUGAAUCAGCCUCGUGCAAGAGCUGUGCUUCUUCACGGGGGGCUCAUAUGCCGGUUAGCUUUACAUAGCAUUGGUUUUGAUGCACUCCCGUCAGUUCUUGAUGGCAUCUCACGGGAAGCUGUUCCAUUCGGCCUCAUGUUGUCCAUUGAUGGCCAGACUAACUUCGACAACGAGUUGUCGGAGGAGGAGGUGGAUUUUAUUUGCGGGACGUAUUACAUAUACGACAGUAAAAAUGUAGGAAAGAUCUCUUGGUGGCCUAGACCUCAGGCUUGGGCUACGUCUGGAUUGAACGUGGGGUUCUGGUCCACUCGAUGUGAACACUGGUUCCAGAAACACCUUGACAAUAUUUGA